UUUGCAUAUCCUGCUCUGACUCACAGGAUGAUGGCUAUCGAGAUGCGAGCUUAGCCGCUGGACUGCGCCGCAUAGAUGCUCGCACUGCUGGACAACACCUGAAACAAGAAUAGAGGUCAGCUGACAUCCAAGGAUGGACGGGUUUCCGGGGGACAUGCUGAGCGACAGCUCGGUGAUGGCCCGCAUGCAGAAAAAGUUCUGGAAGACCAAGCAGGUCCUCAUCAAAGCCACAGGCAAGAAGGAGGACGAGUACGUGGUGGCUUCAGAUGCUGACCUGGACGCAAAGCUCGAGUUUUUCCAUUCAGUUCAGUUCACGUGCACAGAGCUGCUGAAGGUGAUCGAGAAGUACCAGUACAGGAUCACACGUUUGUCCCAGGAGGAGAACGAGCUCGGUCUGUUCCUUCACUUUCAAGCUGAACGGGACCGCACGAAGGCAGGCAACAUGAUGGACGCCACCAGUAAAGCUCUGUGCGCGUCCGCCAAACAGAGGAUGGCGUUCUGCCCUCCGUUGCAGCGCAUGUACCAGGAAGUGGAGACCUUCCGGCGGCGUGCCAUCGCCGACACACUGCUAACGGUCGGCCGCAUGGAGAAGUCCCGCACAGAGUACCGAGGAGCGCUGCUCUGGAUGAAAGACAUCUCUCAAGAACUGGACCCAGACACCUACAAACAACUGGAAAAGUUCCGCAAGGUCCAGGCUCAGGUUAGAGAGUCAAAGGGCCAGUUUGAGAAACUGAAAAACGAUGUGUGUCAGAAGGUGGACAUGCUGGGAGCGAGCCGCUGUAACAUGCUGUCCCACUCCCUCUGUACUUACCAGACCACCCUGCUGCAGUACUGGGAGAAAACAGCCCAGUCCAUGUCAGGAAUCCACGAGGCCUUCUUAGGACACAUCCCGUACCAGUUCACCACACUCAAGGACCUGCGGGACCCCCUGGAGCAAAUAGAGUCAGAGAAGCAGGAGACGGCUCCGCAGGACACAGGCAGUCUCGUGUCCUUGGAUGAAGCCGAGCCACCAGGAAGUGCGCAUGUUGCAGCAGACCUGAGGCAGAGCAGUGAUGGGCAGAACCAGGCCAGCGACAGUGGAGCCACGUCGUCGCUGCUCGACCUCAGAGGCCUGUCCACAGACUCCAGCGAUGACCUGAUGCUCAUGACGGGCGACGCCCCCCCUCUCCAGCCCCAGCUCGCCCCCCCUUCACAGGCGGGAGAGCAGAACGAGUUGUGUGCUUUUGGAAGCCUCUCUCAUGUCUCUGAUGGUGGUCUGCUCUCAGGGGGUGUGUCCGUCCCCUCAGAGACGGGUCUGAGACUGGACGAGGACGACGGCGAGCGCAGCGACAUGGCCUUCCUCAAGGACCUCCUCAGCUCGGGUCCAGGGGGCAGCGAUGACUUCAGCAGGGAGUGGCAAGAUGCGUUCGGGAUGUUUGACCCUCCCAGCGUCCCCGCAGCGAGCGCAGGAGCAGAGGGUCCAGCGGCGCGCCCCCCCUCCAACCCUCCCAGCCCCACGGGCUUCCUGCCUUCUCAGCUGCUGGACCACAGCCUGAGCUCCACAGGCUGGGCGACCCCGCCUAUGUUCCAGGCUCCGCCCCUGCAGCUCCCCACUGGUCAAAGCCAGACAGCUCCUCGGACUCCAGGUUCAGCAGCCAACGCUGCCUCAGGAGGCUCCAAAGACAUGUCUGCGUGGUUCAACCUGUUCGCCGACCUCGACCCGCUCUCCAACCCCGACGCCAUCGGACGCUCCGCAGACGAGCUGCUCAACGCCUGAGCUUUUCUCUCCAGCAUUUUUCUCCGUUUCAGACAGUUUCCGUCCCAUCACGCCGUCACACACAGGCCGUGCACAAACACACGUACAUGUGUGUAACCUGUGAAGGGGACAUGUCCUCCUGAACUGAUCUGUUUACGGACUCGACCUGCGAGCCCACCGAACCCGCCAUGAUUCCCGUCUGUCGGGUUCCGUCUUCGCUCGCGACACCGACGUGUCGCUGUUGUGUUUGCGUCGUUUGGGCGUGCGUCGGUUUGUGUGCGCUCACAUCACGAAGGACCCGGGGUGGUUUUUAAAAAGCUCGUUUCCUGUAUGUUGCUGUUUGUCUGACGUAGCAGUGAAGUCCACAUAAAGAAGAACUGAAGCACAGCUGGCUCUCGUUCACAACAAAAUGACAUCAUUGUCUGUUUCUCGUCUUUUUCCAGCAGCUGGUUCUGUUCAGUGUUGGUUCCUGCUUUGAGUCUGUGCCGCUGCAGUUUUUAGUCCCUCUGUUUGCUUUAGAACCGGUCUGCUUUUCCUCUCCGCUAAAGAAAACCAGCUAAGCUGAAAGCGGAGGGUGGCGGUGAACUGCGGACAACUUAAACGAGUCAAGUCUUUUUCUAAAUCCUUGUUUUUCUAUUGAUAUUUCUGGGACAUAAUUAGUCAAAAUACCACUUUUAAUUAUUUUUUUGUAAGCAGCUCUUUUCACUAACCCUUGACACAAAAGAACUCUGAAGGCGCAUCAGAGCCAAACAGAAGAGAAAAAGUUUUUUGGUUUCCAAGUUUCAAGAUUGAUGUUGAGGAAAAAUGUCCAAAUUAAGGUAAAAUGGCAGAAAUGGUUACAAUGACCGCACGUUUUGUGAAAAUCAUGACUAUACGUUAGAGAGGGGUUUAUUAUGGAAACUCAUUUAGCACACGGAUUGUAACGAGCUGAACAGAACCUGCAAAUAUCUCAAGUUCAAGCAGCUGAUGUGUGUUGAGGUCAGGGCUCUUAUUGUGAAGGACUGAAGGAAGUUCUGCGGCUGCGAGAGUAAUAAUAGCUGUACUUUGGACUGCUUCAAAUCAGUUGCUUCAUGAUGUUUUGAAGUCCGCAGCAAUUGGAAAAAAAUGCAAAAAAGGAUCAAACACCAUCAGGAGAACUGUGAAGCUCACCUUGUUUAGUCUUGAAACUCUUCGAAACCAAAACUAUAUUUAAAUUUAAUGUUUUUGUGAUUCCGAGUGGUUUCGACUCUGCGUCCAUCUGGAGAAAUAAGAGCUAGAAUGAGUCUUUGCUGGGAAAUCAAGAAGCUUGACAAUGAAAAGUAAAAUUAGACCUUUUUCAAACCCAGAUGACUUUAAAAAAAAAACAACUUAUCAUUCUUGAUUUGGCCUCAGACAAAUACUCUGUCCACACAGGAAGUAUUUUAUUUUAACAUUUCCCCUUUAAUCUUCACUCAGUUCUUAUUAAAUCACUUUUGAUGGCCCAAACUGCAUCAGAUGAUACUGAACAACUAAAACUUUGUGUAACUAAACAAACAGAACAAUGAUAAUCAGGAUUAUAGCAACAUAGCAACACUUAAUGAGGAUAGAUGAAAGCAAAUGAAUAAGUCUAAAGGUGUAAGCCCCGCCUCCUGGCCCUCUCAACCAAUCAGAGCACAAGGUGAAAUAAAUCAGUUAACAAAUUGAUAAGUGUCUUUUGUUAGGGGUGUAUUAUAAUCCCAGCUGUAUUUUUAUCAUAACCCGUUUUUCCCCCGUAAAAUAACCUGCUAACGUAUAAAUUGUAUCGUUUGUA